UGGAUUUACUUCGCUGCAAUCUGUAAACAAGUAUCGUCAAUUUGAUUUACUUCGCUGUAAUCUGUAAACUAGUAUCGUCAACUUCUAGCAAGAUGAAGUUUGCUCUGGCCUUGUGUGCCAUGCUAUGUGCAUAUGGCUGGUACGGUGUCAUCUCAGUUCCUUUCGGAGGAGACCAGUCCAAGAGAGCCGAUGAAGCACCUGAAGUGGAGUUCAAGCGUGAUCAGCAACAUGAUUCUGAGAGAGCAGCAGAACUGAGAAAGGCUCAGGAAGCGGCCGACUUUGGAACAGAUAAGAGAGGCGACGAAGGGACAGAGGCGGAGUUCAAGCGUGAUCAGAAUGCUGAAAAGAGACCAGCUGGGGACAGCUAUACAGAUUUUGAGGCUGAUAAGAUUGCUGGAAAGAGAGGAGCUGGGGACAGCUAUACAGACUUCGAGGCUGAUAGGGUGGCGAAGCGAUCAUCGGCAGAUGCUUCGGAUGCGUGUAAGGCUACAACCGUGAAUCUUGCAAGUCUAUGGGGUUCCACCGUUGAAUAUGCCUUCGCAAAAGACGAAAUUAAAACUGAUGUAGUUAUCGCCGCUAUAGACGGAUUGAAUGCAAUUCUAGGAGAUCUUUUCACAUUUGUGGACAUCACAGACAAAGUUGGAGCUGGAUGCCAAAAUUCAUAUCAGAAUCAUUACAUCUGUAUUAAGAACGAUGGAAGCGGGUGCUAUUCUUAUAUUGGAAAAACAAGCGGAGAGUACCAAACUCUAAUGCUUCAAAAGGAUAAAUGUGAAAACAAAGUUGUCAUCCAGCACGAGUUUAUACACGCUUUGGGAGCGUACCAUGAACAACAAAGAGAGGAUGCCCCGCUUUAUGAGACAUUACACAAGGAUAAUAUCAAGGACAAUAAGGUAGGCAACUUCGAAGAAAAAGUCACAGCUGCCCUCUGUACAGAUUGUCCAUUCUCGAUGUGCGAUGCAAUGCACUAUAGACGAAAGGCAUUCUCUAAAAAUGGCAAUCCCACUAUUGAAGCCAAUGAUCCGGGUCAAUGGCCAAUGCAGGGACAACAGAUUGAGAUCAAACCUGGAGAUAUCUGCGUUAUCCACAGCCUAUACCAAAGUGAACUUCCACAACGUCAAUGCGCCAGCAGUGGAACACUUUGCGAAUAUGGAACUGGUGUCAACCCAUUUGGGUUUGAAUGCUGCUAUUGUCCACGAAAUUUGGAAGAUGAAAGAUGUCAAACAUUUGUUGCGCACGGAGCUCAUGAUAAGCACUAUGAACUUUCUGCAGUGGGAGAUAGCGUAGUUGUUAAAUCACAGGAAUCACAGAAGUAUAGUCUGAAUCAAUACAUAACCUUCUUUGUUACGGCUCCGGAAGGCAAAAGUCUGAGUAUGACCGUUAAUAAGUUUGGUGUGGAGCCAGAUCCAGAUUGCUACUGGGAUAUGGUCACUUUAUAUUAUCAAGAAUCCAUACUUCAGUGCCCUGAAAAUGAUUGUGGAGACGAUCUGAAAGCCGGUAUGGUUCUUACAUCUGAGAGUAACUUCUUCAUGGCGAGACUCUAUUCAGAUGACUAUAUGACUGACAUAGGAUUUGAAUUCAAGUUCGAAGUCGUGGAACCAGUGAGUGGUUAAGCGGACACAUCAUCACAUUGGGUGAUUUCAAGUUCAGUGUUGACCUUUUGGUGUUGGGUCAAUUUUUACACGAUUAUAACACCAAACAUAAAAUGAGGAUGGUCCCCAAAAGUCACUCACUCGUUGUUGAGAUGUCAAUAAUGUGAUCUGAAUCAGUUUUACAAACUCUGAAUAAGUUUUGGAGCUAGGGGAAGCAAUCAAAAUUUCAACACUAACACCAACACCAAGGCCAACACCGAACUUGAAAUCACCCAUUAUACUGCAGAAGCAAGGGAUGUUGGAUUAAACAUUUUAAAGGAAUCUGAACGUUAGGUAACUUAAAUAUAUUUUUACAGAAAUUUUGGGACACUAUUACCAAGACCAAAGUCAUCACCAACAAUCAUGCAGUAUUGGCUUGUAACUGACUUUUAUUUCAAGGUGCAAGAGUCAUUCGAGAAAUUUUUUGGGGGGAAAAAUGAAUAUCUCAUAGACAAAUUGGUCAGCUACAACUUCCACUCACUUCUUUUGCAGUAUA